AAAGCUUCGAAGAAGACUAGUAUUAAAGAGUGAAAAUAUGGCAUCCAACGUGAACGUCCUGUGUCCGAAUGGACGACGACAAAUUGUCAAAGUUUCUCCUAAUACGAGAAUCCUAGAGAUCAUCGAGACAGUGUGUCAGAAACAGAAGUUUAAUGCAGAUGAUCACAAUUUGAAACACCAGAGGACCAUCCUUGAUGUCCAGGUUCCUUUCCGAUAUUCCAAUGUACCCAACAAUGCCAAGCUGGAGCUGGUUAAAUCAGACGUCCCACGCAAUCGGUCUGGCUCCACCACGGUGGCACUGCAAUUAUUCACGGGUGAACGACUUCAGCAUAGCUUCGAGUCUUCAUCCUCCCUAUGGGAUAUUCUAGAGCACUGGGAUGGUCAGAGUAGUGACAGGCCUUCUUUGACUUGUCCUCCAUCUGGCAGUGGGUCAUCUGUCCAUCCAAUCUGUAUCUACAUGACAGAGGAGGUUAUUGGUGAGGAAUGGUUAAGAGCAACCACACUGAGAGGCCUUGGGCUGAUGGGAGGAAGAGCUAUUAUAAGGUUAUUGCAUAGAGAAGUUGAACUUCCACCACCACCAAAGAAAGUCCAGCCAAAGAAAAUGCCAAUUGCUGAUACUCCUGCUCACCCCUCAAAUCAAAUGGAUUCUUCCACCACAGUACAAGCUUCAGCAUCAUCAGAUCAGUCCAUAGCUGCACAAAGGGGUGGCCAAGUGGCAGAAUGCCAUUUGCCAACAAGUAUUCAAUCAAAACCAGCACCUCCAUUGACUGAAAAUGCACCUCCCACUAAUGAACUUGCCCAGAAAACCAGUUCCAACGUUACAGCCAUGGACUGUACCACUUCUGAUAAUAGGGACGAUUCUGCAAUGGAAGUUGAUGCAAUAGAAAUGAAAUCCGAACAGGCUGAUUCUCCUGCUAUUGAAUGUGAUAACUCACUCCAAGAAAGGACAGUAGCUCAAGAUCAGAGUGUAAGGCCUAAAGAGAGCCACCAACCUUCUACAAGCAGAGAAGAAGAAGGAAUGUCAAAGGAAGAGAAAACAGAGAAAGUUGUGAAGGACAUUGAGAAGCAGGAAGGAAUGACCCUGGAUGAAUACGCAAGGAGAAGGAUACAAAACCUACUUGAAAAAGAAGAAGAGAUGGUGAAGUCAAUGGAGGAAGCUAUGAUGGAUUCUAUGACACAGCAAUCACAAGGAGUCACGAACCAUCAACCUCCUCGUAGGAGAGAACCCAAACCACCUGUUCAUGCUUUUGCUGACUUUAAGUUCCCAGAACCAAAGAACACAGAUGCAACUGAUAAAGGCAAAGGAAAAAUGAAGCAAGACAUCAGUUCAAAGCCUUGUGAGAGGAAUCAACUAGUCUUUUCUCCAGACCAGGAUCAGAUCAAAUUUGACCAAUCUAGUGAUGUUCCUGAUGAGUUCUUUGAUCUGACGGUUGAUGAUGUGAGGAAGAGGCUUUCUGAUCUCAGACAUCAAAGUGCUGACUCAGGAAAGCAACUAGAAACAAAGGCCAUGAGAGAAGCUCAGGAUGAGAUAAAGAUGAAGAAAUAUGAGAAGGUUGUUGUUAGGAUCCACUUUCCAGACCGGAUCAUUUUACAGGGAUUCUUCAGGCCUCAGGAAACGGUUGAAGCUGUGAAGGAAUUUGUGAAAUCAAAUUUAGCGGACAAAGAGCAAUCAUUUUAUCUUUAUACAACUCCACCAAAAACAGUCUUGAAAGAUAUGUCAGAGACCCUCUUCAAGGCAAAGCUGUUUCCUGCUGCUGUUGUCCAUUUUGGUUCCCAAGUUAUAAGAGAUCAUUACCUCCACGAGGAAGCUCUGGGCGACUUGGCAUCCCUUCUUCAAGCGGAAUGUGUCGUAGCAAAAACUAUGAAUACUGGCAUUACAAGAUCAAUAUCAUCAGAAAGUACAUCCAAUUCAUCAACAUCUGGUUCAGCUGCAUUGUCGUCAAUAGAAGACAGGCCAUCGACCUCUGGGGACCUUGGGUCAUCAUCAUCAUCCACUCAACAGAAGAGGCAAGCUUCACCAUCCAACUCGGCCAUUGGCUCCACCAAAGUACCCAAAUGGUUCAAGAUGGGCAAAAGGUGAUACUCUUUUUCAUUCUUCAAAGUGGGAUCUGGUUGCAGUAACGUGAGAAGAUACAAUCAGUGUUUACAAACUUCAAAAUAGCUUCUAUCAUUAUAUUACAUUUUGGCCGAAACGGUCAAGCGGUUGUACCUUUUGUUUUAUUAGAUAAGCCAUCGACCUCCUCUCUGUUUUGAAGAAUUUAUUGUUUUAUGUGAGUUUAAAAGAUUGUAUGCAAGGCAUUCACAAAAUCACUUUAUUCAUCACAGAGCUGCUAUUGAUGUUAUUUACACCAGGCUCAUGUAAGAGAUGCAGCUCCAAUGGAUGAUCAUAAUUAUACCUAAAACAA